CGGUUGGGAUCAUGCCAAAAACCGAUGAAGAGACACACCCCUGGAUAGCCCGCAAUAGAGAAAGCUGAGGCUGUGCUGGCCGGUAUCAGAUCCUUCAAAUGUUACUUAUCUUGGCCUAUAAAAUUAUAAAACAAACAAUCGACCCAUUUCUUGCGUUUCUGCCUUGGCUUCAGGAAGAGGCUUAUUCAACUAGAGAAUUUUCCAACUCGAGCCCGGCCCUUGGAUUUCCCGCCGCCAUUCUCUUUCGACAGUCAUCUAUCUCGCCUCGCAUGCCAGUAAUUACUAGGCGAAAAUCUUCUAAAGGGUAAAUCUUAUAGCAUAUUGAGCCUCACAAUUAUAUUAUGGCCCCACAAACUAUUGAAGUCGAUGCGCCAAUGGCACCUCGCCCUCAAGUCUUUCCCCAGGAACUACCACCGCGCCCUCAACCAACAUCCUGGAGAGAACGGAACUGUCCCGGCUUUCGUGGUUGUUGGCACUUUAGUUGGGAAGCCUACAGUUUAAACACAUCGGAUAUAUCAGUCCUGGCGCGUCGAAUUUGUAUGAUCACAAUACUCGGUGUUCGCACCGCGCUCUCCAUUCUAGGUCUCUUCUUUAGGGCGUAUAGCGGCGCCAUAAUUGGAAUGGUCAUCGGUAGUAUCCUCGCUGUUCUCGGUUUCAUCUUUGUCGCAUGGUGUCUUGCGCGUAUCGGAGAAGCUACAGGCACCAGGAAAGUGUUUGGAAUUGGUGUCGGUCGAUUGCAGUUUGAUAUUUUCCUUCUACUUGCUGCCUUGAUACAUAUUGGCAUCUUAACUGGUAUUUUCAAUGGGAUGUCGUCGCUUGGUUUCCUCAUUUCGUGGUAUGGAAUGUGGCUUCUGAUAUUUGCCGUCGCUUGGAUUACUAGCUGGACUCCCGAAGAAGCCAACUCAUAUGUAUGAUGAUUAUUCUACUCGGCGAUGCUCCAUAAAGUCAUUGGCAAGUUGUCAUAUUUAAGAGUUCUACUAUUGACCCAAGGUAUCGAUGGCAAGGCCAGGACGAUGAAGCAAUUCCUCAUGAUGGUUCCGUUUUUCAGACUGUGUGAGGAUGUGCGAAGUUAACUGGGACGGAAUGCCUGUUAGGUAUUGUCUUUUCAAAGGAUGGGGAUAUUUGGUACAUACCUGCUUACAUCCAAGGCCCGGACUAACAUGCCGCAGAGUUAAGCUGCAGUCUUGUAAUUGUAAGGGAAGACAUCCCUGCCUUUUUAGCCAAUCAGAUUGGCUAUUGUGGUGGAGUGACCAGCGAAAUGAGAACCGGAAAUCCAAGUUAGUUGACCUAAGUGUUGGUUCCUCU